AUGCCAGCCUGUCCUAUUUGUAAAAGCAGAAAAUGGUUUAGUGACGGAUUAGGAGGAUUGGUUUGCCAAUUUGGGCACCAAAGGGAGGGAUUUCAAGAACAAGAGAGUGAGGUAAACUCUAUCUCAGUUGUAGGUAAAAAGCGACGUGGUCGCUCUAAAAAGACGUCAAACGAAUACUAUGCGUAUCAAAACCGCACUGAGUAUGCUCAAGUACUUUUGACUGUAGCUCAAUGGGUACUGAGGAGACAAUUAUAUGUUUUAAUACACGAGAUGGGAUUUGUACCACAAAUUGAGCAAGUAGUUCAACAUCUAUGGAUUCUCUAUGUAAACAAAAUAUGUGAACUAGAUCUUGAUGCGACGGACAUUAAUCAUGACGUUUCUGAAGGUUCCUCAUCAGCACUACAGGAAUUUGAUGAUAAUUUGGAAUUCUUGAUAGAUAUUCCACAAGAUUCUGAUUCCGAUGGUAAGGGUGGUGGUCAUCAAAAGAGUAGUGGUAACGAAUUUUCUGACAUCAAUAGUUCAGCAAAAAAAAUGAAAUAUAAUGCUUUACCAUGUCGAUUAUCAAAUAUGAGUUUAAGCUUUGUGAUGGUUAUUAUAUAUCUUGGAUGUUUCUGGUUAAGAAUUCCUAUACUAAAGGGUGAUAUUGUCCGUUGGGCUUCUACCGGUCGCUUAUCAGAUUUGGUAAUUCGUCAAGAAUUACCUAAUGAUAUGAAAUUACAUCUGGGUCCUCAUUUUGUUAAGAAGUUCUUUGAAAAAGAGCGACAUCAAUCAUGGCAUUUCUUAACUUCCUUAGAAUUCGAUUUUAUCGCAUUCUAUAAAAAUUUUUACGGAAUAACUUUUCCUGAGAUUAAUGCACCACCUAUACUUUAUCGAUACAUCAGAGAUUUUAUGCUACCAGUUGAAACAUACGUUAUCUCUAGAGAAUUAGCGCAGUUAAUCAAUUUGGAUCUUGAGAUAAAUCGAAAUCCUUCUCUUUCAUUGUUGGCUAUAAUAAUCGUGAUAAUAAAAAUGAUAUAUGGAUUGGAUGGAAAGAAAAGGGUACCGAAUGAUAAAGAUGAGUUUUUUCGGUACUUUCCUAAAUUUGAAGAUUGGAUAAAAAAAUUGAGCGAAAGGCAAGAAAAACUUUUUUCAAAAGAAAUUCCUUUAGACUUGAGCGAUUUGAAAGAAUGGAUUGAUAGCAAUCCGGAUAAAUAUAUAAAACAUUGUUCUGAUACGUUGGUUGGAAGAAAGCGAUGGCCACAAAAACCUAAAGAUACACAGAAUUCUGCCCACAUAAAUCGAGAGAAACGGAUUGAAGAAAUGGAACAAUUAUCUAAACCAUUUCGUGAACUUUCGGAGACUAUUGUACCAGUAAUUGAAGAUCAAAUACGCGAAGAAAAAUUAAAAAAUUUUCUAGAUACAACUGGGAACAAAUUAGGAACUAUUUCACAGACCUUUACAGUGCAGGAGUUUUAUAAAAUGCAAAGGAAGAAAGAACGUGACGAAAAUAUUAUCAAAAAUUUCAAAAAUAGUAUCAAUGAUUUUAUUGAACCGAUUGAAAAGGAAAUUCAAGAUUUAAAUUUUUGUGUUGAAGAUCCGGACAAACAAACUUCAGCUUCAGAAUCUUGUUUAUUUUCAGAAGAUCCUUUGAGCAAUUUACGCAACAGAUAUUCAACAUUUCAUUAUAGGAAUGAGAAUAAUAGCGAUGAACCGAAUCUUACAUUUGGAGAAAAAUAUACUGCGUAUCAAAUAUUUCAAAAUCGCUCAGAGUAUGCUUUCUUUAAAAAUGUUGAGCUAACUGGAAGUUUUCACGAAGAUUAUGAAAGGAUUUUAGUUUUUGCAUCAAAGAUGGUUAAUGUCACAAUGCACGACGUGCAACAAGCAGUGAUGAAAAUUGAGGUUGAUUUAUAUAGAAUUAUCGAAAGUGAAAAUUUAUAA